UAUGUACUAAUUACGUCAACUUUAUUUCUGACCAGUUUUGGGGAGUUGGUAUUUUCCCCGUCGUGCAAAAAGCCUUGAGUGGCCAUCUUAAUUUUUGUGUGUCUUUGCAUAUUCACUUAUGGAUCCAGUUUUCUGAAGUCUGUCAGAUAACAGAAAAAGUGACGGAUACACUUUAAAGCAUCAUCUUGGAUUGUGGCGGAAUCUGUCCUAAUAGGGUUUAGAUCCUACUGAUUUAAUUCCUUCUCUCCAAGAGGUAUAGAGAAAAAAGGAGAAAAAGAUAAAGCCAAACGGAUCAGUGAAGAAAUUGUUUUUAAGAACAGUGAAGCUUAAGUUAAUUCCCAUCUACUGACAAGAGUGGGCUUCUCUAGCUUGCACCGAUUUUUUGUUGUUGCAAUCUUUCUUUCUUACAUUAACGCAGGAUUUAGCGGAUGAGACGAGGCUUGGGAAAAUGGCUGAAUAAGAGAUCGCAGCGAAUCCACUUUGACUUGUGAUUGCACUGUUGGCGGGCACAGACUAUUGAUACUGCUGACGAUAUAUUGGUUGAGUCAUGUAACGAUAGAUUAACUGGAUAACGGUAUUUCUGUGUCUCUACAGAAGCUCCACCAGGUGGCAUGGUAAAAACAAAGACACAGCUGUAAAGCUGUCAUCAUGAAAAUCAGCGGUGUUCUAGGGGUCAUUUCCUGCCUCGUGACUCUAUCAUAUUCGGCAGAAAGAGAUCCACCUCAAGUCACACAAUCACCAAGAAAUCAAAAGGUUGCUGAAGACUCCAUUAUCAGUUUCUUCUGCAAGGCAUCAGGAAAUCCCCAGCCUCGCUUUCAGUGGGAGCGAGAUGGCAAACGGAUUAAUCCAAAACGGACACGUUACUUUAUUUACGAUAUGCCACAUGGAAGUGUUCUGAGGAUAGAGCCUGUGAAAGCACGGAGAGACCAAGCAACGUUCACAUGCAUCGCCGACAACGGUAUCGGAGAACCCGCCCGAUCCAACGCCUCGCUGAAGGUCUAUGCAAUGAACCGAGACAAGGGUAUUAACCCACAAUGGAAAAAAAUAUACAAAGGGAUACCAAAUGGUUACCCCAGCAUCACAGUUAACCCUGAGUUAAAGGCCGUGGAAAAGGAUCGCCAAGUGAAGAUGCAGUGUGAGGCGAUCGCACGAAAUGCAGAAGAAAUGGGCCGACCACACAUUUUCUGGAUCAAAGACUACAUUCCAGUUGAUAUGAGUGAUCCUAGAAUAUCCAUACAGCCCACAGGUACUCUGUUUAUUGAAAGAAGUCAAGAGUCGGAUGCUGGGAAGUAUGAAUGUGUUGCUGAAAAUCAAAUUGGAGUGACGUAUUCGUUUGCAGCCAACCUUUAUGUGCGAAAUGAUACUGACCAGCUACUGACCAUAGCAGUAAGAAGAGUCCCACCUCAUUUUACGAUACCACCAGAGAAUAGGGAGGUUGACCUACAUACAACCGUCAAUUUGACUUGCGUGGCCGUUGGGUCACCAAUGCCAGUGGUCAAGUGGAGGGAUGGACCAUUCGAGUUGAACACCGAUGAUGAAGUCAACAUUGGAAAAAAUGUUUUACAACUUCUCAAUGUCACAGAAACCAAGAAUUACACCUGUGUGGCCUCGUCUGACCUGGGAAACAUUGAAUCUGUGGCUGCAGUCACGGUGAAAGCACCAGGAACUCCGCCCCGCAAUGUCCACGCCCGACCGAUCAGCACAACUACCGUUAUUGUCGAAUGGCUGCCUCCAGAGAAACCCAACGGAAUUAUCAAGGGCUACAAGAUUUUCUACACACUAGAUCCUGAUCUUCCAAUCAUCCUGUGGAAACGACAUGAUGUCAACUCCGAUAAGAAUGUGGUGACCAUCGAGAACCUACAGGCUAAUGUGACCUACCACAUGUGUAUCUUGGCCUAUUCUAGCAAGGGGGAGGGGCCUGUAUCCGAUCUCAUCCAGGUCAUGACUCGUCAAGGAGCGCGAGAUAGUCAAUGUUCUAGGAAAACUUGUUUUCCCGAGAUUGUAGUGCCACUUCAGCCCAAAAAUUUGCAUGCGGCUGCAUUGUCGCCCAACCGUAUCGAAGUGACGUGGGACCCACCAGAGAACCAUCAAAGUGUUAUAAGCUACAGGUUAUAUUUCAAUGAUUCGUACCGUCGCCAGAGUGCCCAUAUCACUAUAGACCCGCCUGUGACCCGUUUUCGCCUGACCGAUCUGACGCCAAACACACUCUACCACAUCCAGGUGUCUGCCGUGUCGACGAAGGGUGAGGGCGCCCACACACCUACGAUCCAGGUCCAGACCCGACAGUUUGUUCCAAGUGGUGAGCCUCAAAAUCUUAGCGGCCGACCAAUCGACUCUCGGAGUAUUGAGGUCACGUGGAACCCUCCUCCUCCAGAUCAGCAAAAUGGUGACAUAACAGGCUAUAAGAUUUUUUACGUGAAAAAUGUGCCUGAUUUGUCAGAAGAAGAUGCUCAGUCUGUUACCGUGAAUGCAGUCCCCAACAAGUUGACGCUAGCGAACCUGUCGGUGUGGACGCAGUAUAAGAUUUGGGUGCUGGCGUCCACAAGUGUGGGUGAUGGCCCUAAAUCGCAGCCCAUCAUCGUGUCGACCGAUGAAGAUGUUCCUGGGCCUCCCAAAUCUGUCACAGUUGAAGCCAUUAACUCGACCACCAUAUUUGUUGAAUGGCGACCCCCAGAGACACAGCGAGAAAAUGGAAUUAUACGUGGCUACCAAGUAUACUGUGUUGUUGUAGACAGCAAAAAUCGGCCAAAGGCUGGUACAGAACGUAUCUUUGACACAACUGAUGGUAAUCGACGGGAAGCGGUCAUCACUAGUCUUGACCCUGCCACCAAGUAUUCUAUCAAGGUGGCCGGUUAUACAAGGAGGGGCGACGGUCAGCGCAGUAAAGAGAAGUUCAUCGUCACAUCAGGGGCAGUUCCCACUAUGCCACGGAACCUUAACGUGGAAUUCCUGGGCGAAGAUCCUCCACAAGUUCAGGUCACAUGGCAGCGGCCGCGAGAAACCCACGGCAAGCUGGCCGGCUAUAAGGUGUUCUGGGGACGGAGAGGGGAAAAAUACUCGCUGGUCAAUCUAGGCCCCAUACAUCAUGCUUACAUCUCGGAUAUCUUAGACAAAGGAGCCACGUACGAAUUCCUUGUUGUUGCACGAAACGAGGAGGGUGACGGUGUGAGAGCGUCUCAAAUUAUCACAACACCAGAUGGAAUCCCCGAUGGGGCCCCGCAGAAUUUCACUGCGACGGGGCUGACAGAGACCAGUGUGAGGCUGGAGUGGGACUUGCCAGCUAAAAAACUGCAAAAUGGCGAGAUAAUCAUGUAUCAACUUAUCUACCAUAAGAUGGCCGACCCCACUGAUACGGAGGACCUAAACAUCACGGGCAUUCAGCACGACGUUCACAACCUCGAGAUGAAUACCGAUUAUGUUUUUCAAGUUAAGGCCUACACAAGUCAAGGAGCAGGUCCAUGGACUGUGCAGCACCCGUUCCACACGUUCGGACCAAUGUUGCCUCCACCGGAAAAAAUUAAACUGAUACGGUCUGCCCCGGAUACCAUCCUGGUCACAUGGGACGAACCUAAGCUCCCUGUGGCAGGGUAUAGGGUCUACUAUAACAUGUUUGAGCUACAGAAGAUGGAACUCUGGCAGAAGGAAGACAUUGGACCGUAUACCGUCACUGAACUGACCAAUCUGGACAGUUUCUCCGUAUACGCAGUUCGCAUCCAGGCUAGAUCUGUUGAUGGUCGCUAUGGCAACCUGUCGGAAGCUGUUGUUUGUCCAGUGGGAACAUCGCAGCCUUUGACCAAUGACGUACCAACCAACUUCCACGUGUCGAUGAGGACGUCUGUUGACGUAAAUCUUGUGUGGGAGAUUCCAAAGAAGCCUCAGGUCAUAACCUACACACUUUCCUAUUCCGGGGUAAAGAAAUACCGUGAGGAUAAUGUGAUGCAGACAUAUCACCAGCCACGCAAGGAUGCGCGCAUUCAUGGUCUUACAACCUCUUUCACGGUCGAGAAUCUGCUUCCGAAAACCAAAUACACAUUCAACAUCUCCGCAUUCUUCCAGGAUGGAACACAAGGCGGUGUCAACUCUCUAGUAGUCCAAACCAGGAUUGAAGCACCGAAGGAGGUGAGGAAACCACUUGUGUCGAAAAUCUCUGGCCAGGAAGUGACCGUCAUCCUGAAACCAGCAUCUGAAGCAAAUGGUGGUCUUAGCUACUAUUACCUAGUGGUGGUCCCUCUCAUCAACACCACAACCAAACGACCAGAGGACAUUAGUAAUGACGAGUUGUCGGUGGAAAUAUCUCCAGAGCUGCCAUCAGCCAAACCCUACAUCGCAGCCAAGUUUGAUGCCCAGCACCUUCCUAAGGAGUUCAAUCUCGGCAACAGGGACACCUUAGGGGGCUACACCAACAGACCACUUGACCAUGGGAUGAAGUACAAGACAUUCCUGCGAGCUUUCACUGUGGACACUAAACUUUACAAAACCAGUCAAUACUCAGAAAUCAUCAAUCUGAGCCACAUCAACCCCCAUAUUCCAAAGAACCCCGACAGUUCAAAUGAUCACCUAAUCCCACAGUCUGCACAAGCUAGCGAAAAAAGUCUGCUCAUCAUCAUGAUCGUCGCCCCGGUCUGUGCAGGGGUGGCACUCAUCAUCAUUGGGUGUAUCGUCCUGAUCUGGCACAUGAGGAGGAAGGCUACCCGUAAAGAAAAGAGUCCGGAGCCAACAUCUGGGAAGGUGUUUGUGGACGUACCACCUCAUCCAUGUGAUCCUGUCGAACUUCGUAGACAGCAUUAUCAAACACCAGGUAUGAUCAGUCAUCCACCGAUCCACAUCCACAUGCUACAGGAACACAUUGACAAUCUGAAGAACAAUGACAACCUGAAGUUCUCUCAAGAGUACGAGUCGAUCGAACCGGGUCAACAGUUCACGUGGGACAACUCCAACUAUGAGGUCAACAAACCUAAAAAUAGAUACGCCAAUGUCAUAGCGUACGACCACUCCCGUGUGAUUCUCCAACCGAUCGACAGCGUCCCGGGCAGCGAUUACGUCAACGCAAACUACAUGGAUGGAUAUCGUAAACAAAAUGCCUACAUCGCAACACAGGGACCACUUCCGGAGACAUUUGGAGAUUUCUGGCGCAUGAUGUGGGAACAACGAUCAGCAACCAUCGUCAUGAUGACUAAAUUAGAAGAAAGGUCAAGGAUAAAGUGUGACCAGUACUGGCCUCACCGUGGAGCGGAGCAUUACGGCCUGAUGCACGUCCUACUGGUAGAUGUGACAGAACUAUCUACCUACACGAUACGAACCUUCCAUAUCUCCAGGUACGGUUUCCCGGAGAAGCGUGAGAUUCGCCAGUUCCAGUUCACCGCCUGGCCAGAUCAUGGUGUUCCUGACCAUCCCACACCUCUCCUAAUGUUCAUGAGGCGUGUCAAAACUAGCAACCCUCCCGACGCCGGGCCAAUGGUAGUCCACUGCAGUGCUGGAGUCGGAAGAACAGGAGCCUUCAUAGUCAUAGACGCCAUGUUGGAACGAAUUCGACAUGAAAAGACAGUAGAUAUAUAUGGUCAUGUGACCUGCUUACGAGCGCAGCGUAAUUACAUGGUACAGACGGAGGACCAGUAUAUAUUUAUCCACGACGCACUGUUAGAAGCUGUUACUUGUGGGAACACAGAGGUACCCGCGCGUAACCUGUCCGUACACAUACAGAAACUGAUGCAGCCAGAACCAGGAGAAACCGUCACAGGCAUGGAAUUGGAAUUUAAGCGGUUAGCAAACAUGAAGGCUAGUCCAAAUCGCUUUGUUAGUGCAAAUCUUCCAGUGAAUAAAUUCAAGAAUAGACUUGUUAACAUUUUACCUUUUGAAUCUACAAGAGUAGCCCUACAGCCAAUCCGAGGAGUGGACGGUUCCGAUUACAUCAAUGCCAGUUUUAUAGAUGGGUACAAGUACUGCCAGGCUUACGUGGCUACCCAGGGCCCCCUGUCAGAGACGACGGAGGACUUCUGGAGGAUGCUUUGGGAACACAACUCUACCAUUAUCGUGAUGCUCACUAAGCUGCGAGAAAUGGGACGUGAGAAAUGUCACCAAUACUGGCCCAGUGAGAGGUCGGCGAGGUACCAGUACUUUGUCGUUGACCCAAUGGCCGAGUAUAACAUGCCACAGUACAUCCUUAGAGAGUUCAAGGUCACUGAUGCCAGGGACGGUCAGUCUCGGACCAUCAGACAGUUCCAGUUUACAGACUGGCCAGAGCAGGGCGUACCCAAAUCUGGAGAGGGCUUCAUUGAUUUCAUCGGCCAGGUCCACAAAACAAAGGAACAGUUUGGACAGGAGGGACCAAUCUCUGUUCACUGCAGUGCUGGAGUUGGAAGAACAGGGGUGUUUAUAACCCUUAGUAUCGUCCUGGAGAGGAUGAGGUACGAGGGGGUGGUCGAUAUGUUCCAGACUGUCAAGAUGCUGAGGACACAAAGACCAGCUAUGGUCCAGACGGAGGAUCAGUACCAGUUCUGUUACCGAGCUGCUCUCGAGUAUUUGGGAUCCUUCGACCAUUAUGCAGCAUAGGCGUGUUGCUGCACCACCGAGUGCAUGUUUGUCCAUGGAAACAGCGAGGAUAACCUGCGUUGUGUGACACGAUCAUAUGAUGAAGUCAUGUGACAACAAAACAGCCAAAUAAUACGGUGUCAAUCAACAAUUUCUGUACGUAACCAUGGAAACAUGAACCUAUUUCUGCGGGUGUGUCGUUCAACCAGUUGAUAGAUCGAACUGUGUGUCCUUUAUUGUCGGACAAUCAAAGGGAGACAAUGCAUGGGACGGUUGUUGGUGGAUGUGUCAAGCAUCAUUGUAGUCAGGAAUAUCUGUAGGAAAAGGACCAAUUGUUUAGUGAUCAGGACAAAAUGGACGACAGUCGGGGUGACUCAAGGAGUCACGGCAACAUGUGCAAUAUCUAUUGACCACUGCACCAUACAUGGUAAGCAUGUUAAAAACAUGCAGGACAACUUGAAAGUUUGACCACUGGUCACUGUAGUUAUGGACCAAGACACUUCACUAAUGACGUGGUGGUGACUUACCCGUCAUAGUGAAGACAUCACCCAAGUGGGACCUAUACAUACUACAUUUAACGGAGGCCUGCCCAGAGCUGACACAUCUCAUAGAAUCAGUGUAUAACGGAUCAGUGGCCAUUUUGACUAGAAAUUUUAUGUCAUUUCAGUACCAGUGACGUAGCAUUAUAGACUUACAUAGGAUACUUUAUUAUGGUACUUAAAAUGUUAUAUACAAUGUAACGUGGGUCUGUGUACUCUCCCCUUCAUCAUUAUGUUGCCAAAGAUAGUGUCAGGUGUGCGUGGGAGCAUGUGUGUGUUAGGAAUCAUGGUACAAUAUAACGUUAUAAAAAACAUAAUGAGUUAUCUGCCCUUUGGGGUUUGUGAUGGAAUAUUGGCUCUAAGGUGUUAACCUUUGGAAAAUUGAACAUUUGUAUCAAAUUGUUCUCCUGGACCGAACAAUGAUUGGAUCAUUUAUUUACAGAUUCAUUGAUAGUUAUGGUGCUUUGUUUCGUUUUUUGCCUUUCUGUAGAGUGUGGGUAAUAAAUGUGCUCGUUGUUCAACUGCCCGAUCAAUAACUCAAUUAAAACCACCGAAUUUUUGUAUUAUGAAAUCAUUGUAUUAUGUUCCCAUGACAACCUGUCAGCACUCGUGUCCAUAUUUAUUGCAAUGAAAUUUACCCUCAACCAGGACACCUUGCAUUAGUUAGCUGUGUGUAGACAGUGUGGUUCACUAUUGUUAGACGAUAGCCAUCACCAUAGCAACAAAAAUGCUUUAUCUAAACGGGGGAGAAACAGAAGACAGAUCAGCCGUAACUGUGCUUUAGUCUUACAAAGUGCUGUGUUACUCUGAAACUGUUAGCAAGUGUGUUACUGCGAGUACAGGACUAGGAAUUAUAUUGGGGAAGGGCUAUUUAUGGGGAUGAUUUGAAUGUGUGUAUGUGAGCGAGACUUGUAGCGGGGGGAUUGUCUAACAUGUUCGAGGCAGUAGAAUAAUCUACAGAUAGAAAGGUCUUGAAAGACUACUUAAUUCCCAAGUUUGUUUCCCAUCAACUGUCAUCUGCCUAAACCUUAUCAUACACAAUUUAAACAAAAGGCAACCAAAAUCUUACUCUAUAGGUCUUGAAAGCAGGAGGCAUUUGAAACACGUUUUUUCAUCUUGAAUGGUUGCCAUUGAAAUUUAAACACAGGACAUGGUCUAUUUAAUGAAUCAAAUGCCAGUCCCAUUUUGGGAUGUAAGCAGGAUGAUUUGAAACACUUGUGGUAAUACCACUCCUUCAAAAGGAGUCUCUGAUGAAAUGCUUCUAUUUAAAUUAAUCUAAAUCUAAAGACAUCAGACAGUUGAUGGAGAGGUCAUACUCACUUGGAGUUAAAGGUUAAAGGUCACAGAAAUGUUUACAAAGAAAUCCACAUAGUCAGCCUGUAGUCAUGAAAACCACUCGCUGUUCUAAAGAAACAUUAUCAUGGACACAGUUUCUAAAGUCUCCUUUAUAUAGAAUCUGUGGUUACCAAGGUCAGUUUGGAAAUUUUAUGAUGUAUGCGGUGUUGACUUGAAAUUUUAU